AUGAUCAAACAUGUUUUACUAUUACACGGUUCCGCAGAUAUUUCCGUUUUCAUACGGAAGCGCCAUCCUCAGCUGAAGACAGGAUCUAUCAAUCUAUGUAUGACAGAUGUUUGUGUUCAAGCCCGCCGCGUGGCCAAUAAUCAGCGAAGUCGUCAACAUCCAAGCCGCCUGAACUCGUUCCCGAAUGAAGCCCACUCGGUCUACUCGGCAGAGCUAACAAGUACCGAACCAUCCAGUUCAAGCACUGUUGGUUUGAUGGGCUUGAAAAGUCGCGUGUCCGGUGCAAUGCGAGCGGCUGAUGUGAAUUCAGUGGACAAGGAGCCUAUUAGUCUGGUUCACGAGAGCAAGCUAUCUCAUAAGCUGGCUUCUCCGUGCUCGGAUUCAUGGCUACAAUCAAAUCGGAGUUUAGACGAACGCUUGGGCAACUUCAGUAGUGUCCCGCAAGAGGAAAGAUUAUUCGACUUGGGAGCACCCGCACUCAACAACUCCGCAUCUACCGAAUCGAGUGAUGUGUGCUUAAGUCUUCGUCAAUCUCCUGGCUCACGAACGGCACAUAGUCCACAAACUCAUCCACAUAUUCUUUGA